AUGCUUACGCGGGCCGUAGUCGGGCUGUCCUUUAUUCGAGGCAGCGCAGCGAACGGUUUGCGUACAACUGCACGACACUCUGCUUCGUCUGCAUCGAGCAAGCCUAAACGUGUUGUGACGUUUCGUCGCCUGCUUGUUGGAGCGUCUCUUGCCGGAGUUGCCUAUCUAACUGCACGGUACGUGUCAAACAAGCGCAGGCUAGCAAGGCCGGACAGAGAGAAUCGCAAGCGUCUGGUAGUGUUGGGCUCCGGAUGGGCCGCAGUGAGUCUCCUUCAAACUCUCGAUCCGGGACUUUAUGACGUAGCUGUCAUUUCCCCGCGAAAUUACUUCCUGUUCACGCCGCUGCUGCCGUCGGUGACUGUGGGCACGAUCGAGGCGCGCAGCAUCGCAGAACCGAUUCGAGCGCUCACGACACGCACGCAGGGAAGCGAACGCGUAAAAUUCCACGAGGCGAAAUGUCUGGCCGUCGAUCCGCGCAAGAAGACGGUGAGAUGUCGCGACGUGUCGGGCAUAACGGGAGAGAACGCAGAUUUCGAGCUCGAAUACGACAUUCUGGUCGUGGCUGUCGGGUCGAGAUCGAACACGUUCAACACUCCGGGUGUCAAAGAAAAUUGUUUUUUCGUCAAGGAGUUGACGGACGCAGCGAAGAUCCGCAACUGUAUCACUGACAGUAUUGAGACUGCGUGUAUGCCUCAACAGACGGACGAGGAACGGUGGCGUCUGCUUCAUUUCGUUGUAGUGGGAGGAGGACCGACGGGUGUCGAGUUUGCUGCUGAGCUACAGGACUUUGUUGAUGAGGAUCUGGCGAGGCUGUAUCCUCGACGGAUGGUGGAGAAUAUCCGGGUAUCUCUGGUGCAGAGCGCUGAUCACAUUCUUAAUACUUAUGAUCAAGAUAUCAGUAAUUUCACUGAGAAGCAGUUUAAACGGGAAGGAAUUGAUGUUAUUACGAACUGUAGAGUGGCUGCUGUCGAUGAGAAGGAGUUGGUGCUUCGUGACAAGGUGACGAAGGGGAAGAAGAUGGUACCGUAUGGGUUGUGUGUGUGGGCGACAGGAGUUGCACGACGACCGAUUACUGUGCAGUUGAGUGGAGAGCUACCAGAGCAGACACAUCGGCGAGCUCUGACAACUGAUAAGUAUCUACGUGUUAAAGGUGCCGAAGCCAGCAUCUUUGCUAUUGGAGAUUGUUCCACUAUAGAGCAGAAACAGAUGGUUGCAGAGGUGGACGGUUUGUUUGCUGAAGCUGAUGUCAACGGCGAUGGCUUAGUGACUGUCAAUGAGUUUCAUAGUUUGCUGUCUCGGUUCCGCAACCGAUAUCCUCAGAUUGCAACGUAUUUUUCCCAGUCGUGGGAUGAGAAUGUUGAAAAACUCUUUGAACAAUCAGAUCAAGAUGGCUCAUCUACCCUUAACUUGAACGAGUUCCGUAUGGCACUGAAGGAAGUAGAUAAAGAACUAAAAAGUCUCCCAGCAACUGCCCAGGUUGCAUCCCAACAAGGAGAAUACCUUGCUCACCUUCUCAAUGAUUUGGCUGAUGCCAGAGAUCUCACAGCUGUCGAGAGCUUAUCUCUUCGACCUUUUGCUUAUAAGCACCAGGGAUCGAUGGCGUACGUUGGUGGCAACCAGGCUGUACUUGAGAUGCCGAUUGUUGGUACUUUGUGUGGAUGGUGGGUGAUGUGGCUGUGGCGUGGGGCAUACGCCAGUCAGUUGUCAAGUAACCGAACAAAGACGCUAGUGCUUCUAGAUUGGCUCAAAACGAGUGUUUUUGGAAGAGACACGUCACGACUUUGAAUUUUUUCUGUAUGUUGAUAAAUGGGUUUCUACCGAUUGCGCUUGCAUGAAAUAGUUUACUAGACAAGGAAAGAACUCAUUGGCAGCAAGACAGCCAGUCAGUGUAGACACAUCAGAUCUGAUGUGUUCACGAUCGUAUUUUAGUGUAAUUUUUACAUUUACAGUUGUGGUACACUUUUUUGCAUCUUUCGUUUGAAACUUGUGAUGUUGUUUGAAUGUCAUAUGAAAUCUGAGGUGGAGUGCCUAGAUGGAUGGAUCUUGCGCAUGUGUUGUUUUCAGCUAAAUAUAUUGCU